CCCUGCCAAGUUCUCUGGGUCGUGAAUCUGCUGGUUCGGUGUGUUUACUGCUCUGAUGAUGUGUUACGUUGUUUGUUACACAGCUGUGUAAUGUCUGUUUAUUUGGAGCUUUUAAAAUAAAAGAACAUGAAUUCUAUACAACACGAAAAUAGAAUGGACAAUAUUUAAGAGCCAAUCUGAGGACAGAAAUAAAGGAACUAUGCAUCACAAAGUGCAAAGUUCUCUACCAUUCCAAUAUCAUCACUGGCCAUCUCUAAUCUUUCAAAUGUACAAACUAUAUUUGGUGCUUUCUAUAGUCAUAUUUUAUAAACCUGGACCUGGACGAGGGGAAUGUACAGGAACAACACCCUUAUCGGGAUUCACCCUGAAUGAAGCCAGCAGGGAAACAAACACCAUCAUUCCACAGACGUCCGUUACCACCAUGGACGGCUGCAUUGAGGCUUGUUGCCAGGUGACCUCAUGUGACUUAGUAUGGAUGUCAGACGGAAUAUGUUACUCGGUGGUUUGUAAAUCAGUUGAGGCAUGUGAGCCAGUUGAAACAUCAGAAGCUAUCAUAUCCAUGAUUUCUGCGAUUGAUAGGUCAACUGAAAAAAUAACAAAAGAUGCUGCAAAGGAUGAUGGGAAAGAGUGUUUUAGAAAUCAUCGAAAUUCAUGUCCAAAAAAUGAAUUUUGCCAUCACAUAGAUAGUGAUACUGGUAUUGGAAAAUGUCAUUGUUCGAAGGGCUACAUUCGUGAAAGUGGUGGCAAAUGUAUUGACAUGUGGUUAGGAGGCCAUAACGAUUGGAGUUCAGGCAAUACAGAUUCCAUCCCAGAUGGUGACAUCAUUGACAGUGAGGUGAUGAAUUUGAUUGGCGGGUCUUGUGAUGAUGAAGCUGACUGUAACCCAAAUGAGAAAUGCUUUCAUCUUGCAUCUAUCAGUGACCUGGGAUUUUGCAUUUGUAAAGAUGGUUUCCAUAGAAACACGGACGACAGUGCAUGUGAUAUCGAUGGAGAUGAGCAAGCCUCAGAUGUGCCCCCUGACUCCAUAGAAUUGACAGCAGAUUUAUCUGAAGAUAACGUAGAUGAUGAAACUGAAGUCAACACGAAUAAUAGAACAAACGUUUUAGACAGUACAGUUCUACAGUCUGUUAAUACGAAUAGUAACAGCACAUCACAUUCUACUAAUUUUUCAAGUAACAUUAGCAAUGUAAAUGAACCAGAGUCACUGACAGGAAUAAAUGCAACAAUGGAAGAAGAAGAUAAAUUGCCAACCAUUGAGAAGAAGGUAUUCAAUGGAAGCAGCUCUGUAGCACCUCACACUACGGCAGCAGGUGUGCACACAACACAAAUACGCACCACUACUGCAGAACCAAUGAAAGCGUUGGCUGUUUCUGCCGGUGAAAAUAAAGUCUUACAACUGCCUGAUGAGACCAGCGUUAGUAUAUAUACCUUUGUCGUUCCCAAAGACCCUCCUACUGGUUUUGAAUAUGUAUAUGAGUGGAGUUUAAUCCAAAGUCCGGACGAACAUGGCGGUGAAAUUGGAGGCAUGCAUACAAAUUCAAUCACAUUAACUGGAUUGACAGCCGGUCUCUAUGUGUUCAAAGUGGAGGUGACAGCGGGGAGGUCACAGGGUUCAGCUUAUGUAAAUGUGACUGUUCUACCGCCCCCUAGAGUUAAGGAGAAACCUCACGCUGUAAUUGAACCCGCUUUACAAGAGGUUACGUUGCCAAUGCUUCCAAAUGCAGAUACAGUUUUAGAUGGCUCAGGGAGUACUGAUGAUGACAAGAUUGUUAGUUACAAGUGGGAGCAAGUGAAGGGACCCUUAAGUGAGACUGAAAUUAGUGGCACUGAACCAAUCCUUCACCUUUCUGGACUUCAAGUUGGCAUCUACAUCAUCAUGUUGACUGUCACUGACUCUGAUGGUCUGGAGGAUUUUGCAGUUGCAAAUAUCACAGUAAAGCAAGAAAUAGACUAUCCCCCUCAAGCAAAUGCUGGUAGUGACAUUGUCAUUAAACUGCCUAAGAACGAAGUAACCUUGAAUGGCAAUGCUAGUACAGAUGACAAGGGGAUUAAAAGCUACGAAUGGUCGGAGGAUAGCGGCGGUAUUGUCGACACGCUUGGAACCGGUACUGCUCAGCUUCACCUGACCAACCUCGAGGAGGGCAACUAUGUAUUCCGAUUGACCGUCACUGACACUGGGGGACAUCAGAAUUUUGACACUGUAACUGUUAUCGUACAACCAGAGAACAACAUAGCUCCAGUCGCUGAUGCAGGCAGAGAUAAAGAGUUAUCAUUACCGGAUGAUACCACUGUUUUAGAUGGGUCAGCCAGUCAAGAUGACCUUGGCAUUAUCCAGUAUAUGUGGGAAAAAACAAGUGGACCCGAUGCUGAAUUAACUGAUGCAGACAAGGCUAAAGCUACAGUAUCUAAGCUGGAAGAGGGGGUAUAUGUAUUUACACUCACUGUCGCUGACAGUCAAGGGGCAACUGACUCAGACACAGUGUCGGUCACUGUUAAAAAAGAGGUGAAUAAGCCUCCAGUAGCCCUUGCUGGUUCUGACAUAAUUGUCAAUCUUCCUGCAUCAGUGGUGAAAGUUGAUGGAUCGCAAUCAUCGGAUGAUGUUGGUAUCGAGAGUUAUGAGUGGAAGAGAGAUAGUCAAAGUCCAGCAGCAGGGAUGGCAAUUGAUAAUUCAGAUAAAAAAGCUGUCCUUUUACUGGUUGAUCUUGUUCCUGGUCGGUACACAUUUACUUUAAAGGUGACUGAUGGAAAAGGACUUUCUGCGACUGAUAAAGUUGAUAUUGUCGUUAAGCAGUAUGUAAAUGAGGAUAGUCUUGUUGAAAUCACCUUUGCUGCAGACAUCACUAAAGUUACACAGGAAGAUGAGGAGCUUUUACUUCGCAAACUCUCACUAUUUAUGGGUGUUGAUGAUCAUGAUAUUGUGUUACAGCGUAUUAUCUCAACACAACUAGGAAGGUUUGUCAUGAUCUUCUAUGUUGUUGAUGCGCAAACACAAGUGAGUUUGAGGGCGCUAGAUGUGGUCAAUCAACUGAAGAAGAGACUGCAGAAAGAAGGGGACCUGCUGGAUUACCCAGUAUACAGCCUAGAAACUGUUGUUUGUCAAAACACCUGCUCAGAUCAUGGAUCUUGCAACAUAACCACUAGACGCUGUGAUUGUGAAAGCUUCUGGAUAGAAAAUCCAAUCAAAGCCUAUUCUGGCCUAAAAGAAUCCAACUGUGACUGGAGCAUUUUGUAUGUAAUCAUCGUAGCUUUCUUUGUAGUGGUUGGCACCAGCAUACUCAUCUGGAUGUGUGUCUGCUUUAUCUCAAAUCGUUGUUUGAAGAAAAAGAGACGCCAUCGAUACAGCCUUCUGGAUGAAUUUGAUGAGCAUGAGUCGAUGGAAAUGAUUCCCAAAGCAAAUGGUGACCUCAAAGUGGCCUUUAGGUCAAAGGAUGAUCCAUACCAAGGAAAGCAAAAUAGUAGUAUCAUGGUCUCAGAAUCAGACGAUACUGAAGAAGACACGCUCUUUGAGCCGAAAAAGAAAUCAAAAACUGCUAAUGGCGUAGUCCCACAUAAAAAGAGAGGACGUGUACCUACCACUUAUUCCGACAGAGUUAGACAUGACAAGUUAUGACCGGGCUCAAAACACGCUUCAUAGAGACUCAACAAGAAGUGUUGAACAUUGUGAGCACUAUGUUACCAGUCAGCAAAUUUGAAUUAUCGGAACGCAAUGAGAGCGCUUAACUGACGCAAUACCUUUCUGCCGACGGUCAGCACUUUAAGCGAAUAGUCAUUCAGAAAGAUCCUUUGUGUGAUGAAUUGUCACGUCACGGUUUUGUGGAAUCUUAUCGGCAGUUUUAUGGAACCAUAUCAGCUGCCGACGCAGUGUGUGCUGAGCCUUACCGAACAAUUAGAAAUAAAUACUUUAUUUAAGUUGUAAAUAGUAUUUUUACCAGGUUAAAUAUUGUUAAAUUUUUAUUGCUGUUAUAUCAUUCCACAGCUCCAUCUUUUAAAAAAAAAUUAAACCAUGUCCUAAGAUCUGUGUACGAGAGAAAAAUUAUAUUUGUUUUGAAUUCUAAAAUCCUGGUUUUUUUUCAGUCUGUUCUGCCAAUGAUUUGAGUGUAUAGAAAAAACAUAUUCAAAAACAUUUUCAAAAAAUGAAAAAAAAAAAUGAUAAAAUAUUCUGUCAAAUAUUUGGUCAUGCUUUAUGAUAUGAACUUAAUUUAAAUAGAAAUAAUUAUCAGUAUAUCCUGAGAAAUUUUAUUUAUUUGGUUGUUGCUUUGUAAAGAUGAUCAACAAAUUUAAAAAAAAUUAAAUUUUCAAUAUGAAAAAUAUGUGAAAAUUAUAGCCACCUAGAGGUGACACCAAUAAUUCUUACCUCAGCUCCAAAUAUGGUGGUGCUCACCCCAAUACUCUGGUCUGCAGCAAUUGCCUAAUUCUCCAUCACAGUGGACAGUUCUGCCAAGCAGCACCCCUCCCUUAGACAUUGUUGCUGAAGUUCCACAAAAAGUUUGGGAGUUAUUCAGCAGUCAUUAUAGGUUUAUCUGGAGACAGUUUGGGUUUGGGGAGGUAAAAUUUGGGAUGGGGGUUUGAGGAUAACAGCUUCCUAACAAAGUGAGUUUCUGCAUGUAUUGCUAGUUCCAAAGUAGAAUAGAUGUCAAAACUGUGGCCUUUUACCUGUACCCCUCCACCCACCCAAUUUUGAAAUCGUUAGUGCUUACCUUUAUAUUUAUUUUUGAUUUGAGUUUUCUUUUGCAUUCAGUCACAACCAAUUUAUAUUUUAAGUUAAUAUCAAAAUAAUCAGGUCAAGAUUUGCCAAAUCUUGGAAAUAGUAUUUCGAUUGGGGACAGCUCAUAGUAUUAAUAGUGAGUUUAAUGUUUAUAAUUUUGAUUAAAGAAAUCUGUUUGAAUUUUCCUUUUACUGCCAUUCCUUUGCAUUUUGUACAAAAAAAUGUAUACAAAAAUUAAUACAUCUUGAAUAAUUAAAAAAAUGGUAAGUUGAACAAAAAGGUUAUUCUGCAGUCAUGAUAUUUUUUUUGGGAGACAGUUUGGGUUUGGGUUGGUAAAAUUGGGGAGGAGGUUUGAGGAUAACAGCUUGUGAACAAAGUGAGAUUCUUGGGAAUGUAUUGCCAGACAGCUGCUAGUUCCAAAUUAGAAUAGAUGUAAAAACUGUGGCCUUUUACCUGUCCCUCUCCAUCUGCCCAAUUUUGAAAUCAUUAGUCCUCACCUUUAUAUUUUUUUUUUUCGAUUUAAGUUUUCUUUUGCAUUCAGUCACAACAAAUUUAUAUUUUAAGUUAAUAUCAAAAUAUCAGGUUGAGAUUUGUCAAUUCUUGGAAAUAGUAUUUCGAUUGAGGUCAGCUCAUAUUAUUAAUAGUGAGUUUAAUAUUCAUAACAAGUGUGUUUGAAUUUUCGUUUUACUGCCAUUCGUUUUCAUUUUGUACAUAAUAAUGUAUACAAAAAUGAAUACAGCUUGAAUAGUUAAAAAGAUGGUAGGUUGAACAAAAAGGUUAAAGGUCAAAAUCAUGGAAUGGCCCAGAAGAUGUCCUGCGUUAGUUGUCCAAGAGCAUUUUGUUCUAAAUAAUUAUAUUAUAUGAAUUAAUAAAUAAAGGAAGCUCUUUAUAAGAGAGCAGUAAUGUAGUUAGACCCUCUGUUACAAAAGUAAGUUUUUAAAAACAAAUAUUUUUUUAAUUGUGUCCCUACUUCUUUCAACAUUUUGUUUUCAAUUCUAUGAGAUACCUGUUUGUAUUAAUUGUGUUUACCGUUCCUUAUUUGUGCAUUAUUUUUUAAUUUGGUUUACCUAACAAUAUGUAGUUUAGUGUAACAUGUAUGAACUGGGAUAAUAAUUCUUAUGAGUGUGUGGAUAUAUGAGAAAAUAUUGAGAAAAAAAAUGUGAGAUCUAAUUUUUAUAUUUUUGCAUUGUAUAAAAAUGAAAUACUUAUAAUAUUUAGGUGUAUGGUAUAUAUAUAUAACAAUAUAUUUGAUGUCAUUUAUAGAUUAUAGUUCUUAUUAAGAAUGUAUGCAACUGAUUUUCAUGUGAGUAUUUAUAAUUCUAGUCUGGCCCAGGCCGUGUAUGGCUUCCUUUCUGAGUUUACGUGGAAGGGAUUGACACUAAAGUUGUGGCUUCGGACUCAACUUCAAAAUUGCGUGUUGGAAGCCCUCGCUGUGCAGGUCACUUGUGUCUUUGGGCAACAAACUUUGUCUCUCUUUAGCCAGGAGUAUAAUACAUGGGUACCAGUAUUCUGGAAAGUUAAACAGACUUGUGCGGGAGGAGUGAGAAACUCGCAUCAGCAGUGCAAUCUAGCCAGAUGCUAAGGAAAAGGGGAUGGGCAUUCUGGCAUUUAACCCCUAAGCUCAGGUUUUGACUUUACCUUUAACCUUGCUGAGUUUCUAAACAGCAAAGAAUUACAGGUAACUGAGUGAAUGAAUAUAUAAUUAUUUUGAUGUGAUGGUAUUUGAAAUAUUCUUAUCAACAGUGCAGAAUACCAAGAUUUAACUUAAUUUAAUUAGUAUACAUAUUCCAGGUCCUUAUUUAUGGUUUUAUUCCUUCAGUUGUUGAUUUUGGUAGGUUUAUACCUCGUCAAAAACAAAUGUACUAUCAAUUACUUUUUAGUUAAUAUAGUAUUAUGCAAGAAUUUACUUUUCAAUCCUCAUACUACACUAUAUAAACACCUGAAGUCAGUAAUAUAGAUAUAAUACUUUAAAAAUAAAUAUAAUACUUAAAAAUAAUUUGUUUUUUACCAAACAAAUAUCUUAUGUCUGUUAAUAUUAGUUUUACAAUCUAGAAAUAUUUGUCGCCCUCUCUCUGUUGUAAAUUAUAGAAUAUGCCCUGGCAAUUGAAUAUGUCAAUAUGACUAUAUUAAGAUUUUGUGUGUAUAUGUUGAAUUUUGAAAAGAAAAUAUGACCUUGUAUGUAUAGGGAGGCGAUUUAGUUUUGUUUUUUUUUCAUUUGCACAUUAAAGAUACUAAUGUAUUUGAA